AUGCUCUACCCAGCCCUGGGCCCUGGGCACCGGCCAACUCGGGGAGACAGCUAUGGGGCUCUGCUGCCUGCUGGCCCAGGAUGGCCAGGGAGGAUGGGGACGCGGACGUGGCAAGGGCAGGCCACCCCACCCUGCCUAUAUCCCCGGCUCCCCCGCCUCGGCCGCGACCAGGAGCAGAUGGCCCUGCAGUUCGAAGCCUUCUGUGCAGGGGGCCUGGCCCCUGGCUGGAGCCUGCUGGUCCAGGGACAGUCCGACUCCGGGGAGGACAAAUUCGAGAUCGACUUCCUGUCUGAGGCGGGGGACAUCGCCUUCCACAUCAAGCCGCGCUUCUCCAGCGCCACCAUGGUGGGCAACGCCUGCCAGGGCGGCCGCUGGGGCGAGGAGGAGGUGUCCAGCAUCUUCCCGCUGGCCCUGGGGGAGCCCUUUGAGAUGGAGGUGAGCUCGGACGCGGAGCACUUCCACGUCUACGCCCAGGAGCACAAGGUGCUGCAGUUCCCGCACCGCCAGAGGCCGCUGGCCACCAUCACCAGGGUGCGGGUGCUGAGUGACCGCCACCUGGCCCAGGUGGAGCUGGCCAAGAGGGGCCUGAGCUGGGGGUAA